CGAGUGUUCCCCUCGACCUCGACGACGAUGGACGAGCGCUUCCGCGUGGACUCGUCGGCGUCCUCCGAGUUGGCAGAGCAGCCGAUGGACAUGGACCGCCCCGAGCAGUGGGUCUGGUGCCCCGACGAUGCCCUCGUGUGCGUACCCGGCGUCAUUGUGGCCCAAGGCGCGGACGCCAACACGCUCAUCGUGCACACGGAAGAUGGCGAGGAGCGGCAACUCGACAUUGACGAGGCGCUGCCUGUGUGCAUGGACCUCUCGCGCCGGGUCUCGGACGUCGCCGAGCUUUUCUUGCAGCGGCCCGAGGCGCCGCCGGACCAAGCCGACGCGAUCACGGCGCGCUUGCAUGGCAACCUCACGGGGCGCAACGAGACACAGGCGCAAGCGCUCGAGCACGCGCUACUGUACACGCUUCGUACGCGGUACCGCGACGAGCAGAUCUACACCGAGUGUGGCGCGUCCGUCCUGCUUAGCAUGAACCCGAAGCGGCCCGUGCCACUGUACACGCCGGACCGUAUCCGCGCGUACCGCCACCGACAGACGCUCCACGAGCUCCCACCGCACCUCUUUGGCCUCGCGGAAGAUGCGAUGCGUGCGCUGCACGAGUCGGGCGACGACCAAGCGAUUGUGCUCCUCGGCGAGAGCGGGUCGGGCAAGUCGGAAGCUGCCAAGCUCGUCUUGCAGUACCUCUGCCACCACGAACAGUCGCGCGGUAGCAUUCGCACCAAGUCGCGCUCCAACGCCAGCGAAGGCAGCGCCGCGUCGUCGUCGUCGUCGAUCUCGGUGCACAUCCCCGUCGAAGAGCAGAUUCUCCAUGCGGUCGCGGUGCUCGAGGCCUUCGGGCAUGUGCGCUUGGGGUCCAAUGCCAAUGCGUCUCGCGUUGCCAAGCUCACGUCAGUCGACUACGACACGCACGGCCGCCUCCUCGCGGGCAGUGUGACCACGUACGGCUUGGAGAAGGCGCGCGUGGUGCAGACCAAGGAGCGCAACUUCCACAUAUUUCACUACCUGCUGGCGGAAGCCAGUGUCAACCCGACGCUCUGCGACAUCCUCGACUUGCCCGAUACGGUGCUGGCCAAUACGUCGCCCUUUGCAUUUGCCCCCGGGGAGAUUCGACAAAGCGACGCCGCCAAGUACGCGGACGUGGUCGCAAGCCUCGCCGCGCUGCGCGUACCGUCGCACCACGUGCAGAACAUGAUGAAGGUCCUCGCGGUCAUCUUGCAUCUCGGCAAUGUCGUCUUUGUACCGGCGACGGCGCACGACACGUCGGAGAAUGCGAGCUGCGUCGUCCUCGACGCGUCGAGCCAAAGUCUGCUCCGCGCUGCGAGUCUGCUCGAGGUCGAAGCCAGCGUCCUCGACCACUACUUUCGCACGCGCAAGAUGGUCACGUCCAACCACCAGUCGUCGCUCAAGAUUGUGAGCGUGAGCCAAGCGGCGCGGGCGCGCGAUACGUUUUGCCGAAAUCUGUACGAAGCGCUUUUUAAUGCGGUGGUGUACCGUAUGAACGCCAGCCUCCGCUCCAAGGUCGAGCGCUACGAGAAGAGCAACAUCAUGGUCGAGAACCGGGGCAUCCACGUGCUCGAUGGCUUUGGCUUUGACAUGGUCGCGGACCCGUCGUCCUCCUCUGCCACGUCGUCGUCGUCCUUGCUCGACGAUACCAUGCUGCUCGUGCACGUCCAAGGCCUCGAGACGCUCCACGCCCAUUACUGGGCCGAGAAGGCGCGGUCGUUCUACCUCUCACGCGUCUUUGAGUCGCCGGCCGCGGCGUCACCGUUGGACCCGUCCAAGUACGUCCGCCUGUACGAAGCGGCACCGGCGGGUAUCUACGUCGUGCUGAACGAGCACAUGGCGUCCAAGACCAAGCAAGCCCAUGACGCGCACUUUGUCAACAAGCUCCUCGUGGCCAAUGAAAACAUUGGCAACCCGUCGCUGCAACCCGUGUUGCCGUCAUCGACCAACAAGAAGAACUACAAGCUGCAGUUCCUCGUGCACCACUCGGCGGGCUCGAUCAUCUAUGAAGCAGAGGACAUGGCGCGCCGGAACAACAAGAGCGUGUCGUCGACCGCCGCCGCGAUUCUCAAGUCGUCGCGCAACAGCUUUGUCAAAGGCCUUGUGGACCGGUAUGGCAACUCGCCGACGCACGCGGCGAGCGCGUCGGCCGCACACGUCCGGAUUGCUGUCAACUUUAGCGCGAUCAAGGCGAACCAACCGGACACCAACUCGGUCGCGACCGACCUCUUGCAGCAGGCAAGUGCGCUCUUUGACGGGCUCUCGGGCAUGGGGCAGCACUUUGUCGUAUGUGUCAACCCGGCCCAGUCGGCUGCGAUUGACGUCGACGCGCGCUAUGUGCUCCGACAGCUGCGGUCGUUCCAGGUCCUCGCGCUCAUGCACGCGUCGCAGCGGAACCUCUCGGUGCAGAUGACGCCGCCCCACUUUUUUGCGCGGUAUCGGCACCUCUGCGGCCACCGAAACACGCUCGAGUCGCUCGUGCGGUCGCUCACGGCGAUUGGCGUCCUCGAAGACCUGACGUGGCGCGUCGACAACAACCAAGUGUGGCUCACGCUCCACCAGCGCAAGAAGCUCGAAAAGGUCCGCGAGGUGUGCCUCAACGCCAAUGCGACCAUGCUGCAGCGGAAUUUGCAGCGCGGCGUGUACCGCAAGCUCUGUCUGCGCCGCCGGCAUGGCCUACAGAGUCUGCGUGACGCCAUGCACACCCGCGACCGUGCCGGCAUUCAGCAAGGCCUGGCGUUUGCAAAGACGUGGGUCGACCCGAAUGCGCAGGUCCGCCUCCUUGUGUCGGCCACGGCGAUGCUGCACCAGAUUGAGGAAGAGUCGUACUUGGUGUCGCUCUUGGACGACGCGCUCCGAAUGGACGUCAAGAUUGUACUGCAGUUUGCGCUGCACACGGUGACGACGCUGAGUCCGUCGUGGAAGCCCGAAAUGCUCAAGAGUGCGUCGACGCGCUUGCGUCACAAGACGACCAUGGACAAUGCGAUGACGGCGCUGCGACAAGCCAUGCUGUCGUCGACGGCCGACCCAUCCCGCCUCAUGGCGCUGCUCUCGGAGCAAGAAAGCCGCGGCUCGGACGAGCGCCAAGUGGCGACGAUGGUCAUGAUCCGCGCGCUUGAGACGAGGAAGGUCAAGGAUGCUGUCCUCAUCGGUCUGCCGACCAAAGGGGCAAGUGCAACCGAGUGGACCCAAGGCAUUGCACGUGCGAUCGAGUUUGGCUUGGGCGAUGCCCUCUUGGACAUGAUGGCUGCGUCUUGGGACGCCUGGGCGUGCCUCCGCGAGCAAGGGUCCACCGGCGACGUCAGUGCUGUCGAGGCCGUCCUCGAAAAGGCCGUCGCCAAGCAGUCGGUGACAACAAUCGAGGCGUGCUUGGGCAUUUUAUUAGAGGCCGGUUUUCCGCCGUCGCCGCUGCAGGACGCGGCGGCGCAGCUCUUGGAAAAGGUCCUCCUCAAGCCGAGUCUGGAGCGAUCCCAAGCGAUUGAGCUCAUCGACUUUGCGAUCGAAGCCGGGCAUCCACAGCUCUUGGCAGCGGCGCUCAAGCGCUGCAAGGCUGUGGGCAUGGCGUCGUGGGACGCCAACGUCAAGCGGGCGACGCAGGCGCAAGCGGCGUUGGCGAAUGCGACGGCGUUUGCCCCCAGUGACGAUGACGCGUGGCGACGUCUCGUGGCCAAGGACCUCGACGGCGUCCGCGCGACGGCGUCGGCCGACUCGCCCGUGCAGGCGAUCGUGGCGGCGUUGGACGCGCGGGCAGCGGCGGUUGCCGCGAUCCACGACCUCCCGCCCGAAGCGCAGCUUGAGCAAGCGGCACAGCUCGGCGUCCUACCGCAGUUUGCAUCGGUCGCCAAAGAUCUCUUCCAGCGCCUCGACGCCGCGCGCAACGUGGAAGCGCUUAUGCACUGGACAACGUUCCUCGCGUUCCGCUUGGACCACGGCCAGGAAGUGCGGCAAGACAUGCUGACGCUCCUUGCGUCCCAGACCCAACUUGUGACGAGCCUCGGGGCCACCAACGCACACGCCGCACUGGACGCCGCCGCCUCGAUCACCAAGCGGCUCCAGCGUGCGCUCACGAACCGGUCCAAGCUCGAAAAGCUCUUGAAGGCGCCCGUCAAUGCCCGUGCGCUGGCCAAAGGGAUUGACGAAGCGUCGGACGCCGGCGUCGACGCCGUGCUCUUGUCGGCAGCCCAAGACGUCCUCCGGAAGCUCUCGGUGGCCGCAACCGACGAGACAGUGGACGAGACGCCGUCCUCGUCGAUCGUCGAUGCGUCGACCAAUGGCGCGCCCCUCGAGAUGGCAACGUACCCCGGUCUUCGCGUGCUUCGCGACGAAAACCCGCCGCCGUUCCAGUGGGAAUACCGUGUACUCGAUCAGCCGGUGCUUGCAAGUAUCCCGGCGCACCACAGCGUGUACAUUCAUCGGUGCAUCCUCGGCUACAUGCGCGACCGCGUCAUGUCGUUCCGCGAGAUGCUUGCGCAGAGCAUCUUGCAAAUCGGGUUGGCCCACACGCACCUCGUCGACGAGAUUUUCGCUCAGUUAGUCAAGCAGCUGACCAACAACCCGCGCCGCGAGAGCGUCCGGCGCGGCUGGGACCUCCUCGGACUGUGCUUGACGUGCUUUCGACCUUCGUCCAGCCUGCACCCGUACCUCGUGGCGUUCUUGUCCAAGGACGUGGCCUCGUCCACGAGUCGGCGUCGGCUCGGGACGACGACAACCGACAGCGACGACGACCAGUAUGUGGACGACGAGCCGAGAAUGGUCCAAGACGACGAUACGCCCCUCGACCAGCGUCUGGCGCUCAUGAAGGCCCGCGGCGUCGCCCAGUACUGCCUUGCCCGCCUCGAGGGCGACAGCGCGGCCGAAGGGUUUCUUCCAAGCCUCGGUGAGCUCCAGUCGUUUGAAUUGCGCUCGCCGUUUGUCGCGAGCAUCGAGCUUCUCGACGGGACGCUGUUGACGACCAACUUUCCUGUCUCGCCCGAGCUCAGCGUCAUGAACGUCGUGCAAGUGUGCGCCCACUUUUUGCAUUUGAGCGAAGACCUUUCACGCUUGCUCGGGUUGGCGCUCUUGUCGGAUGACGCGCCGACCGCGACGUGGUGCCAUCCAUUGGCGUACCUCUGCGAUGUCUACUACGACCCGAUCCGACACCGCCGCCGCCCGGCCCGCCUUCGGUUCGUUCUCAAGGUGCGGCUGCUGCCGCCACUCGCCUUGGUCGAAGACGAUCUCUUUCGCCGGCUCUUGUACCUGCAAGCCAUGGACGAUAUUGUGACGGCGUCGGCACUGCCGUACACGCAUGCCGAGACGUUGGUGCGCCUCGCGGCGUACGCGAUGCUGAUCGAUACGUCCCCGGACCUGACGCCAUCGAGCGAAGACGAGGUGCUCGAUAUGAACGUGUACGACUACCUCCCACCGGCGUGGCACGUGGAGAAGACCGAGGACGAGUGGGCCGAGCUCAUUUUCGCGCACCUCUCGCGCUUUGCCGCCGAGCUGAGCUUGGCCGAGUGGCAAGACCGGUUCAUGGACGAAGUCACAAAGCACCGGCUGUACGGCAGUCACUUUUUCACGAUCGACCGUGUUGCGAGCAGCAAAAGCAGCGCGCUCACCAAUGUGUUUGAUCUCGUCGGCGACGCGUCGUGCCGCGUCGGCGUUAACGGCCACGGCAUCCACUUCCUCAAGGCCGAGACGGUCGUCAUGAGCUGGGAACACGCCGACGUGGCGAGCGUGAGCGGCAACGGCGACAAGAUCGCGGUUCAAACGACCCAAGCGACCCUCGUGGGCCUCUGCGUCGAGGCGGACGCGCUGCGCCAGCUCCUCCACGACUAUGCGCAGUGGACCGCCAAGCCGACGCUGCUGCGUGCGUCGAGCCGGGUCCCGUACCUCGGUGCGUAGACAACUGUGCUUUAGAGUGUUAAGCUGUGUGUAUGAAUGCAAGUCCAGUCGUUCUUGGUCCUUCACGC